CCUCUGCCUCCCACAGCAGCAGUGACGUCUGCCUCCCACAGCAGCAGUGACCUCUGCCUCCCACAGCAGCAGUGACCUCUGCCUCCCACAGCAGCAGUGACCUCUGCCUCCCACAGCAGCAGUGACCUCUGCCUCCCACAGCAGAAGUGACCUCUGCCUCCCACAGCAGCAGUGACCUCUGCCUCCCACAGCAGCAGUGACCUCUGCCUCCCACAGCAGCAGUGACCUCUGCCUCCCACAGCAGCAGUGACCUCUGCCUCCCACAGCAGCAGUGACCUCUGCCUCCCACAGCAGCAAAGGGCACAGACAUGGUUCACGUGAGACUUCUCUGGUUGCUGGGGCUUACGUCCGUGUUACUGGCAGGAACCGAGGCAAGGUGCAGCUCCGAUUAUGAUAUCGAGUGUCUCAAGGGCAGUCACUGCAUCAGUCUUACCUCUGUGUGUGACUCCAGCAAGCACUGUAGCGACGGCUCCGACGAGGACCCCUACGUCUGUGAGAGCUGGACUAGAUCAAGCUCACAAUGUGGCAGCGGACGUAUUCACUGUUCCUCACCGACUACCCCCCGUUACCGCGGAUAUAGUUCCUUUGGUACAUCCUAUGAUGACACCACCAAGGACUGUGUCAGAAUAGCUGAAGCUUGUUCCAGAUCAUCAUGUAGCCCCUCGUUGAGUUCCCGCAUGUGUGAGAUGGUGAGAGCGGGUAAGCUGUACGUGCCGAAGAAACCGCCGCAGGGGAUGAACAUGACCAGUGAGGUUAUGGUGGUGCUGACGUCCGCCGUCAACUCCUCUCUGAAGACCGAGGAGCGGGACUGUCCCAUGUUGUACACACUGGUGGGCCAGCGCUGCCUCGCCCUCUUCUCCCCGGCCAAGGUGUCGUGGUCAGAAGCGAGACAGUUCUGCCGGGCCAUCUAUGGGGACUUGGUCAAGUUUGACAACUUAUCAGAGUUCGGACAUCUUGUGGUGUACCUGAGGGACUCACGGCUGACAACUGACUUUUGGGUCGGUGGACGCUUCGACUUGGACACCAACGCCUGGUCGUGGACCGUGGACGAUUCUGUCAUGCCUUUAGGGACUCCGUACUGGGCUGUGAGGAUACUUAAGGGUGUUCGGGCAAAUAUUCGCACUCUGGGGAUGCGGCUGCGAGCGGACAUCCCAUCCUGUGUGCGGCUCAUGGGGUAUUACAUCUGUGUAUACUACGCAUACUUUCACCUCCGUGGUUCUCUUGUGGCGGAUCCAGUGUCGAUCGCGACUGAACUGGAUUCCCACUUUUCGACUAUUAGCUCCGGUUCUCAUCUUCCUCCAUCUUCCUUUACUCGAAGGCCAUCCGAGCUCGGCACCUUCCCGGAACAAAACUAUCGGACCACGCCCAAGAGCUCCUCCAACGAAACAUUCCUCACUAAACGAUCACAAUCCGCAGUAGACAACACCGGAAUGCACAGACUCAAGAAUACAUCCGCAAGCUCGUCGUCCCCCGCCACCUCCCCAUAA